AUCGUCAGGGUUCACCACUUAUCCUACCCAGAGGAAUCUCUCGGCUACACCUUCCGUUCAAGAAAUCUUACGUAAGCGGGCAUCUCUAGCCCCAAGGUUCUCGCGCGACCAUCUCUCCACCGACAAUGGCACCAAAGAAGAAAGGAAAAGCGGCCGUACCCUCCAAAACACUUGUCAUUGACAACGGCGCAUACACUCUCAAGGCUGGCCUUGUGUCGAGCGAAACUAGCGAGCUCAGCUAUGAUGAUUGCAGCGUAAUACCGAAUUGCGUAGCGCGAAGCACGCGCGACAAGCGCACGUAUGUUGCGUCGGAAAUGGCAGAAUGCAAAGACUUUGGCGAGCUCGCAUUCCGAAGACCGGUUGAGAAGGGUUUCAUCGUGAAUUGGGAAGCGCAAAAGGCGGUCUGGGAACAUGAGUUCAUGGACAGCAGUGCGGGGGCGGGGUUGAGGUGUGAUCCGAAAGACACGAAUCUUCUGUUAAUGGAGAAACCGAACUGUCCCAAGGAACUGCAGAAGAAUUGCGAUGAAAUCGUGUUCGAACAGUUCGAAUUCAAUGCCUACUACCGCUGCAUUGGCGGCGCGAUGAACGCGUACCAUCCUACCUCUCUCGGCGCGCUGCCCCAAGAGUGCCUCCUUGUGAUCGAUACAUCCUACUCGGAUACGACUAUACUACCCGUUUACAAGGGGCAGCUGCUCCAUUCGGCGGUGCGACGACUCACCGUCGGGGGAAAGCUGCUCACAAACUAUCUGAAGGAGCUCUCUUCGCUGAGACACUACAAUAUGCUGGAGGAGACGUACCUGCUUAACGAGAUCAAAGAGGCAGUGUCAUUUGUUGCGCCCUCGACGCAGGAGUUCUCGAAAGACUUGGAGCGGACAUGGAAAGGUCGGCUAGGCGACAAAAGAGAGCUAGAUUCGAGUAUAGUGGUGGACUAUGUGUUACCGGACUACGAGCAGGCGAUACACGGGUACGCGCGGCCACACGAUCCAGUGAAAUCGAGAAUGCGCCGCGGCUUGCAGCCUAUGCAGGGUCCGCGAGAAGACCUGCUACCGCUCGGAAACGAGCGGUUCGCUGUUCCAGAAUUGCUCUUCAACCCGACCGACAUUGGCAUCCAGGAAGUCGGGUUACCGCGCGCCGUCAUGGAGGCGCUCAAUGGUCUGCCUGAGGCCCUGAAGGUUGCCAUGCUGGCGAAUGUUGUGGUUGUUGGAGGAAAUACGCUUAUCCCCGGUUUCAUGGACAGGUUGGAGGCUGAGCUAAGGGCUCUGGUGCCUUCGAACUACCUGCUCAAUAUUGCGAAGGCAGAUGAUCCGAUCAAGCACACGUGGCUGGGAGCUGCGCAGUUUGCAAGCCGGCCAGAUCUGAUGAAGGAAGUGUUGGUGACCAAGGCGGAGUACGAUGAGCGAGGGUCUACGUGGUUGGGCAAGAAGUUUGCGGGUGGGGAGCGAUAGGCCCGGGCAUGCUGUUGGCAUUGUAAUUCCUGUACGAACAUCAUGACUGAGUGAAGCCUUGACACCUUCUGUCUUUUGCCUCUUCCCAACCCGCUCUUACUAGAUCGUCUUUGCUCAUGUCUUCAUGCUCUUGAUCCCGGGUCUAGCAAUUUCACAGCU